AUGGACGGUGUCGAAGUUUGGGGUAAAAAAUGUUGGACAAGCUGCUUCCACAAAAGAAACGUCUUAACAUUUGUGAGCCUGGCGGGUGUCACCGUGGGUGUAACUGUCGGCUUGGUUUUGAAGAGCUGCGUCACUCUGUCAGCAAGAGACAAACACUACAUUCGCUUCCCAGAAGAACUUCUUUACAACUUCCUGCAGCUGGUUUCCGUUCCUCUGCUGGUGACAAAUGUCAUCGCGGGAGUUGCCAAUGCACCCGUCAGCCCCUCCAGAAAAAUCACCGUCCGUGCACUCACGUACUUUGUCAUCACCACAAUUCUGGCUUUACUAAGUGGAGUUCUCUUUGUACAACUCAUCAAACCGGGGGUCACUGGCACAAGUCGGACGAGUGAAGAGGACGACGACGACUUGAGCUCAAUCGAUGCCUUCAUGGAUCUGAUAAGGAACAUGGUACCACAAAACAUGAUUCAGGCCUGCUUCCAAUACUACAAGACCCGGAAGGUCCUGGUGAAAGUUGAAUCUCGUCCUUUUAACACGACCCUGGAAGAGGGAGGCGCUCGUGUGCAGCUGGUGGGCGAGACCAUCGACGGGAUCAACGUUCUGGGACUGGUUGUGGUGUCCACGCUUUAUGGGAUGGCCCUCAGGAAGCCUCAACACAGGGGGCCGGCUUUCCUGAGAAUUCUUCACGCUGUCAACUUGAUUGCUAAACUUGUGAUGAAAAUGAUAAUGCACUAUUUUCCCAUCGGAGUGGCGUUCAUGAUGAUGAACUAUGUUUACGAGGUUUCGACAAACUGGGCGACCGCUCUCAGUCUGGUGAAGUUCCUCGUAGUGGUGUUUUGCGGACUCGCCCUCCAUGGAUUUAUAGUGUUACCGUUCAUCCACCUGCUGUUUACGGGACAAAACCCCGUUCCUGUCAUUAAAGGGAUUUCUCCUGCGUUGCUGAACGCGCUGCUCGUCUCACGCAACUCUGCAGCCUCCCAGACUUACGAGCGCUGCGAACAGGUUCUCAGGCUGGACACAAGAGUCACGCAGUACGUGCUGGCUGUUGCGAACCACGCCAUCAUGAACGGGGCGGCUCUUCAUGAGAUGGCUGCGGUUGUAUACGUCGCCCAACUUACCGGCAUCACUUUGAACUGGAGCGAGUUAUUUACUACUGGCGUGACGGUGGCGGUGGCCACUGUAGGAGAGGCAGGAACCCCAGAUCCAGAAAUGGCCACCACGCUCUUCAUUCUGAUCGUCAGCAGGAUCCCUGCGAGAGCGGCUUCCGUCCUGCUGGCUGUACGAUGGCUGCUGGAUCACCUGAAUGCUGCGGUCAGCGUCAUGGGGGAGUGCUUCGGUGCGGCGCUCGUUCACAACUUGUCCAAAGAAGAACUGGAACGUACGGGAGAAGAACCCGCCGCAGACAGUAGCGAGGCUUCACCAAGUGAUGCUGCAGGUCCAUCCAGGGAGGAGGAGAACUCUGACACAAACUGGGAUUUUACUCCCAGAACGGUUUAA